CGACAUAACGAAACGACUUACGACUGUUUCUACAUCCGAGCUAUACACGGUAGUCAUAGGAAGGACAAAGAAAAGGAGACAUCUCUUCAUUAUCGUAUUGCUUGAGUAAACACCCCCACCCAACUGAAGAACACGGGAGCUGUGACCGGCCACCUCACCUCUGACAUGGCCAACCCUUUAAGGGGUCAGGUUAUAAAGCUUUACAAAACUCUGCUGUAUCUUGGCCGUGAAUACCCCCAGGGAGCAGCUUAUUUCAGAGGGCGCCUGAAGUCAGCUUUCAUGAAAAACAAGGACGUGGAGGAUCCUGAAAAGAUUCAAAAGCUCGUGGCUCGGGGAGACUUUGUCAUCAAGGAGCUGGAGGCUCUGUAUUUUCUCAGGAAAUAUCGAGCCAUGAAGAAGAGGUAUUACGAACCAGAAAAAUAAUUAGACUUAUAGACAGCACCUAUCAAUGUGGUCAUAUUUAAUUUAUAUUAUUAUGGAACAAUGUUAUUUCUCCAUACACACCUCUUGACAUUUACACACAAAAAUAACAACAGUUGCCUUUUUAUAUAGAGAAAUAAACUACGCUUGCUUCACAAGGGAAACGGAUGUAAGUGCCAGAACGUGAUUAUAAUGAAGCUAUUACAGAAUGCGCUUUGUAUUUUUUAUACUCAAGUUGUACCAUAAAGAAAAGUGUUUUAACCAUAAAUACUGUAUAUAUGUUAAUAUCAUAGGUUUUCCUUUUCAAAACAGCUGGAAGCCAAGGUAUCAGACUGACUGAAGCAUGUUGUACAUUGUAUUUUCAGUGUAUAUAUUUGUAAAUACAUGGUCAAACUUCUUGAAGAGUGAAUGUACAUGACUAUGUACCAAUGUACUAUUAGAUAGAAAACAAUCAGUAUUUUAAAACAGUGUGUCAUAAAUAAAUAUUAUAAAAUCA